AGCCGUUCUCCGCUCAAAGGCAGGCCCGCCGUUCUCGGGCUCAGCUGGGCCCGGCCCCGUGCCCUCCCCUCGUCUCCGCCCCCCCCCCCCCCCUCUCGCCUCGAAUGGAGGGCGGGAGGGGGGCCCCGCGCGAGCCGCGCGCCUCGGGGCAGGCCCCCAGCCCGCAGAAGCAGGGCGGCGCCCACGCGGGCAGCCCGGGGCUCAACGGCGCCGCGGCGGGCAGCCCGCAGAGGCCGAGCGGCGGCGCCACGGCGAGCCCCUCGCAGAGGACGGGCCCGAGGCAGCACGGCGCCAAGGAGCCGAGGGCCGCGGACGCCGCUCUCCGCAGCGAGCUUGACGCCGUCACGACGGAGGCGAUGAGACGCGAGCUCGAGAGGUUCGCCCAGGAGGCGCUGCGCCGCGAGCUGGACAGGGUGAAAGAGAGCAUGCUCAGCGAGCUCCGGUCCCUGCCCGUCGGCCCGCCCGUGCGUGCGUGGGCUGCCGCCGGCGAGUCGUCGCCCCAGGCCUUUGUGCCCGUCUCCAAGCAGACUCGCGAGCUGAGCCUCUCCCAGGCCUGGGACGAUUCUCGGGAGGAGCAGGCCCCGCUGCUGCAGGAGCCGUGCGCGGAGGGCUCGGACAGCGACGAGGAGGCGAAGCAGCUGCAGUCCCAGAGGAGUUGGCGCAGGCGGGUGUCGCUCUUCGUGAGGGACCCCAAGUUCGAGACCGCGAUCAACGGUGUGAUAUUGAUGAGCGUUGUGGAGCUAUGCGUGCAGACCCAAUACAUGGCGCAGCAUUGGCUCAAGGAGCCGCCCCAAGUAUUCAAGGACAUCGAGACGGUCUUCUGCAUCGUCUUCGUGGCAGAGAUGGUAUUGAAGCUUAUAAGUUUCGGUUAUCACGGUUUCUUCUGUUGCAGGAAAAAUUGGAUGAGCAAUCUUUUCGAUUUUUCGUUGGUCGUCUUUCAGUUCGUCGACAUCGCAGUCGACAUGUUGGGAUCGUCAAACUCGAAUCGCAGCCGACUCGCUGGGGUCCUACGCUUCUUUCGGAUCGUGCGUUUGAUGCGGCUCGUGCGUUUCCUGCGCAUGGUGCCCGAGUUGCGCACGCUGCUGGUCUCUAUAUUCACAUCGAUGAAAGCGCUCUUCUGGACCUUCACCGUAGUCUUCCUAGUGUCGGCUGUAUUUGGCGUCGUGCUCACGCUGAUUGUGACCGAUUACAAGGUAUCGCAAUUCAGCCCCGAGGAUUCCAGCAAAGAGAAAGAGAUGUUGGAAAAGGCAUUCGGGAGCGUCUCAGACACCAUGCUGACGCUCUACGGCACGGUCUCGGGGGGGCGCGAUUGGACCACCCAGUCCGAGCCGCUCAGGGAUCAGAUCGAUGACAAUCUGGUCUACGUGUUCGUCCUCUACACGUUCUUUGUUAUCUUCGCGAUCAUGAACGUGAUUACCUCGCACUUCGUCGACACGGCCAUCGAGGCUUCGGCGGCAGACAAGCGGGAGACCAUGGUUCUAAAUCUCAUGGAAACAUUUUCGACUGCCAGCAAGCAUAUCACGAAAGAGUCGUUCAUCAUGCACGCAGACCAGCCCGAGCAUGCAGAAGUUCCUCAAUCACCUCUUCGGCCGGGACGGCGUCACCAGGGAGGAUGUGCUCGACUCCCAGCUCUUCGAGAUCCUGGACGACGACAGCUCCGGGUGGAUCGACAAGAAGGAGGUUGUCCAGGGCAUACUCAAGCUGGCGGGCAACGCGACCGCAUUAGACCUCGCGACCCUCAGGCUUGACGUCAUCAGCCUCCUCGGGAGCAUGAGGUUCUUGAUGGACCAGCUGUCGAAGAACAACCAGCUCCAAAAGCACGUGGAGGGCGUCCCCACGUUCCAUCACAGGAGGCAUAGCUUCAAGGCGCUGCAUGACGGUCGUGGCUCAGACAGGCUGAAGGAGAACCAGGCGUCUGCAUCUGCCUGAGAAUCAGUGCGCGAGGUAUGCACGAGGCCAACAGUCUUGGAUCAUCUCGCCAGGCCGAUCUCUCCGGGAUCGCUUGGCGGAUGGGGACGCGGUGCGGUCAGAUUAUUCUCAUGCGUUUCACCCGGGGAGGCCACCCGCAGUCCCGAGUGCGCAAAUUGCCCAUCCUAUUGUUUAGGCGUGGUCAGUGUGAUGGAUUGGCAUUGUGCUGGUUCAUCUAAGGCAGCUAGUCAAGGCUGGUCCCAUUGCCAAAUUUGCAUUGGUUUAUCCAGGCUUGUGUUCAAGACGUGUGGCCCUCACUGAUGCCAGGUCACCCCGCUGACAUCCUUGUGCGGCGUGGGCCGGCAUGGAACUGCUGGGCGCUUUGUGCUGUAGGUUCUCUAUGUUGGGCAUCACGUCCCCAGUUUCACUCAUGGAGUGCAUUGUCGCUCCAAUAACUGUUUCUAAUGACACGCGCUGCCAAAUGUCGAAUUUUCGAGCACCGAGUGAUCCAGUGAUUCAGUCCGUCACCGAUCAGAGCUCGCAGGAAGACGCAAGGA